AGCAUAAUAAGAAGAAUGGGUGCGUUCUUAGACAAGCCAAAGAUGGAGAAGCACAAUGCCCACGGGGAGGGGAACGGCCUGCGUUAUGGACUCAGCAGCAUGCAGGGCUGGCGUGUGGAGAUGGAGGAUGCACACACCGCUGUGAUGGGGCUUCCAUUCGGUCUCGGCCUGUGGUCCUUUUUCGCAGUUUAUGAUGGCCAUGCGGGCUCUCAGGUUGCCCGCUACUGCUGUGAGCAUCUGCUUGAACAUAUUACCAGCAACCCAGACUUUAGGGGAGGCUGUUCAAUAGGUGGCGACUCAGUUGGCACUGAGCCCUCUGUGGAGAGUGUGAAAAAUGGAAUCCGCACAGGCUUCCUGCAGAUCGACGAACACAUGCGGGCCAUGUCCGAACGAAAACAUGGGGCCGACCGCAGUGGUUCCACAGCAGUGGGUGUGAUGAUUUCCCCGCACCAUUUCUAUUUCAUCAACUGCGGUGACUCCAGGGCCCUGCUGAGCCGCAAGGGACGUGUUCACUUCUUCACCCAGGAUCACAAGCCCAGUAACCCUCUGGAGAAGGAGAGGAUCCAGAACGCAGGUGGUUCUGUUAUGAUUCAGAGGGUCAAUGGCUCUCUUGCUGUCUCCCGUGCUCUAGGUGAUUUCGACUAUAAGUGUGUGCAUGGAAAAGGCCCCACUGAGCAGCUGGUGUCCCCGGAGCCAGAAGUGUAUGAGAUCGAACGCUCCGAGGCUGAGGAUGAAUUUGUGGUGCUGGCAUGUGAUGGUAUAUGGGAUGUCAUGGCAAAUGAAGAACUGUGUGAUUUCGUGCGCUCACGUCUGGAGGUGACAGAGGAUCUGGAGAGAGUGUGUAAUGAAAUUGUGGACACAUGUUUGUACAAGGGUAGUCGAGACAACAUGAGUGUGGUGCUGGUAUGUUUUCCUGGUGCCCCAAAAAUCAACCCAGAAGCCGUGAAGCGAGAGGCGGAGCUAGAUAAGUACCCGCCGAACAGAGAGGGCGGAGCAUGUAAAAAGACGAAUAAAUAAAAUGUAUUAGAAAGACAAUGAGAGCGUUCUAGAAAGUGAGCAUUCUUACUUCAUUAGGUGAGUGUGUUAGAUGGCAGUUUACACUUGCCAGUUACAGCUAACGUGAAGUUUCCAAUUAACGAAUCCCCAUAUUGGAGAGGAAAGACUCACUGGUACUGUAUUAGCACAGUUAGGACUAUUCAGGAUCAAUUUUACCAGAGAGAAACACCGCGGUGUGAAUAUAUUUGAGCAUAUAUUGAUAAUUAGAGGCCUUGGAUUAUUUGUUGCCAAUAUUGAAAAGCACUUACAUAAUUUAGAGGUAACUUGUAGCUUUACCAGAGGUUUUACUGUAGUGCGUUCCUCUGCUCCAAUGCGUAGUACACUUCUGUAUUGGCGUAUUAUUAGCUACUAAGUGAUGGUGAGUAAGUGCAAUUGUAGAUUAGGGAAAAGGAAUGACAAAAACCCAACAUUUGGUUCUGCACUUUUUCAUUAAAUGCUGCUAUACUUAAAGGAACAGUUCUGCCAAAAAUGAAAUUCUGUCAUGAUUUGCUCAACAUCCACUAGUUCCAAACUAGUUUAGGUUUUUUUUUUUUAACACAAAAGAUAUUUUGAAGAAUAUAGACUUCCGUAGUAUUUGUUUAUCAAAUUUGUCAGUGGUUUCCAACAUUCUUCAUUAUAUCUUCAUCUUGUGUUCAAGAGAGCAAAAUGAAAACGCAAACUGGUUUGGAACAAGUCAAUGGUGAGUAAACCAUCACAGAACUCUCAAUUCUGGGUGAACUAUCUCUUUAAAGGCAUCUUCUAUUAAUAAGAGAGAGACCAAAUUUGUGAUCUCAGUUAGAAUAUAGUAAGUUUAUUUGUUCGAACACAAUUAAUACAGUGUAGUUUUGCGUUCUGUUUGUGAAAGUUUGUUCUUGAGAUAGUUGUAUUCAUCCAUUUGUAUGAGCAUGUGUUUAAGUCUGGCACCCGUUUCAUUUGCAUCUUUCUGAAAAAGUAAAAAGUUCUAAAUUAGAGUGAAUGUCAGGCCUUCGCUGCUGAUUUUACCUGAAAUUGUAGCUGACACUACUGUACCUGGGGCAGAUUCGAGUCUACAGCAGCGGCUAUGAGUAUUUUAGUCUGCAUGAUUCCUGCUCUGUAAUAUGGAACAUUGUUGCCUUAGACCUAAUUUACAGUGACUACCUUGAUUAGAAUCGAUAGGUUAGCCCUCGGUACCCAACCCCAAUUGCUUGGAAGAGUAAAAUUAAAACCAAUGAACACAUGGUACUGAAAGCAUGCACUGUACCAAUAGCACGACAAGUUGUGUACACCUCCUGCAUGUACGCUACAUUAAGAAAAAAUCGGGGAUAGAUCUUAUUUAGAAAAGUAAGCUGGUCUGACAGAAGUUUUAUACUUUGUACAGUAUACAUUUGUAACCCCUGGGGAACCGUUUGGUGUGAACUGAACACAGUAUUUGAAAGAUUGUGUCAAUGUUUUACAAUCCUGUCCGAGUUGUUUACUACUUGUUGCCUCAAACUGACACUUUGUCAAUCCUCUGGUUUGUCUAUAUAACUAUAAAGAGAAAAUUAAGGUAAUUAAAUAUAUGGUGGGAUUUAGUCUGUCAGCACUUUUUUGAGAUGUAGGUCCUUGUUGGUACAUCGUUUUAGCAUUUAUAGAACAAUAAUGGUACACCUGCUUUCAUGUCUUUUGAAAACCCAACAAGAUUUGGAUUUGUUUUCUCCUUCUGAACCCAACACAUUGAAAGCGUUGCAUUUAAAUUUUCAUAUUUUUGAACCCUUGGUUUUGGUCCUAACUUGGCGCAACAUGAUUUAAGCCAAAAGCUAAUAAUUAAUAUAUAAUUUAGGGGAUUGUUCACCAAAUAUUAAAAUACUUUUAUCCUAUAAUUAUUCGCACAUCAUUGCAAACUCAGAAACGUAUGGAAAGCUUUGAUCACUAUUGACUUUUAAAACUAAAACAGCUGAUGUUUUUAAACAAUACCAUUUUUAAAGAAACAUGACUUUGGUGUUUUAUUUAGAAUUGAAUUUAAUGUGUGUAUGUGCAUGUGUGUGUAUAAAUAUGCAUAUGGAGAGGGGUGUAAUUCUGUGCAACCAAUCAGACCAGUUCCUACUGUUUCCUUGUUCUUGUACUUUCGCUUUGGCCAUGAUUGCACCUAAUAUGUUUAGGUUCAUGACAAGGCAGACAAUCUUUUUUUAAUCUGCCUUUUUGUCCACUUUUGAUCACUUUCCUGAUUUAUUUAUAAUAUUGUGAAAUGAUAAGCUCGUAAAAUUCAUGUUUUUGAAUUGGCAGCAAACUACACUGAAUAUUGUAGCUUUGUGUUACAACCAGGACUGAGGAUCGAUAACAUUCUUCUCCUUUCAAUUAAGAUGAAUUUAACAAAAAUAAUUAAAAACGAUCAAAUUUCAAAUAGCAAAGGUUUGAAUCCCAUCUGACUUUAACGUCCUUUAACGCUUAAACAUUAACAUAACGCCAGCCUCUGGUUUCAAUUGGUUGUCCAUAAAUGACCGUCUAUUUUGACUUUCCCUCAAACACUUAGGUAGGAUUGUUUGUGUUAUCUUUUUUGUCUCAAAAAAUGUCUGUUAUAAUCAAGGAUCCUACGAAAUUAAUCUAAGAGGUGGUCUUUUGUGGUUGUUGUAGGCAGUUAAUCACAUGAAAUUCAACCCAGUCUGAUUCAACUCUUUGACCGUUCUAGGUGGUAGAAAGUGGACAAGCCCAAAAUGUUUGACACUUCAUUUACAUUUACAUUUAACGUUGUGUACUUGUAAUCUGUCCCUAUGUCAUCAUGAUGACAACUUUAGCCAGUUUAUUCUCAUCCGUGUUUGAUGUUUAAUAUGCGUCAAGUCAAUACAUUUGAGCAGUAUAGUGAAUUUUCAGUGUGACAAAAAACAACCGCACUACUAUUUUAAUUGUGUUGCGCCUGGUUAGGGCUUGUUUUUUUAUUUUAUUUUACUAUAUUUAUUAUUUAUCUAAACUUUCCCUCGCAACCAAAAUAUUCUCUGUUUUGAGCAUGUCUUUGUGCGUUUUACCUGACGAUGCAUUUUAGCUUUAAGAUUUGUUUUAUUAAAUGAAAAACAAAAGUGUGCCUGAUCUGAGAGAGAGAGAGAGAGAGAGAGAGAGAGAGAGCUCUUGUGAUUAAAAUGAUUGUAGGUCCUUCCUCUACCAUAUCAGUUUCAUUUCGCUUGGGUUUGCUGUUGUAUCUCCUCACUGUUUGUUUAUUAAAUUAGCCUUAAUUAUGUUCCUCUAUAAUAGCACAUCUGAGAUUUGUACGCUCGAGACAAGUCACAUGUUUAUUUACCUUCAAAGAGUGACUACAGGUCCUUCUGGGAGAGCCUUUAAUUGUGCCUAUGAGUGAGUCUAUGGCCAGUUGUAGCAUUCAGAUGAACUUUGCGUUUGUUUGUUUUGUAACAUUAGUCCACUCGUGCAUGAUUUUAAGCAUUGUUUAAUUUUUCAGCUUGUGCAUUUGGUGAGCACACUUGGCCCGACAAUAAAAGUGCAAUGAGAGGGAUUUUAAGAAACACUCCUACUUUUUUUUGAAAUAGGCUCAUUUUACAACAUUGAACAGUCGAGUUUUACUAAUUUUCAAUCUAUUCAGCCAAUAUAUGUAUGGCAAGAGGACAUUUAGCUUAGCUUAGCAUAGAUAAUUGAACUAGUUUUGACCAUUAGCAACUCUUUUUGUUUUAUUUUUGAGCAAGAUGCUAAUGGUCUAAUUAGUUUGAAUGAUUUA